GCCAAGGACAGCGACGAUGAGGACGAGGUGGUGACGGUGGACCGGGACCACUUCAUGGACGAGUUCUUCGAGCAGGUCCGGGACCCCCGAAAUCGGAACCGGGACCCCCAAAAAUGGAACCGGGGCCCCCAAAAAUGGGACCGGGACCCCCAAAAACCCCCUGGGACCCCCGAAAUCAGAACUGGAACCCCCAAAAACGGAACCGGGAGCCCCGAAAACGGAACCGGGACCCCCAAAAAAACCCCUGGGACCCCCAAAAAUGGAACUGGGAGCCCCGAAAACCCCCCGGGACCCCCGGAAACGGAACCGGGACCCCCAAAAACCUCCUGGGACCCCCGGAAACGGAACCGGGACCCCCAAAAACGGGACCGGGACCCCCGAAAUCGGAACCGGGACACCCGGAAACGAAACCGGGACCCCCAAAAACCCCCUGGGACCCCCCAAAUCAGAACUGGAACCCCCGGAAAUGGAACUGGGAGCCCCAAAAACCCCCUGGGACCCCCGGAAACGGGACCGGGACCCCCAAAAACGGGACCGGGAUCCCCGGAAACGGGACCGGGACCCCCAAAAACCCCCUGGGACCCCCAGAAAUGGAAUCGGGACCCCCAAAAAUGGGACUGGGACCCCCAAAAACCCCCUGGGAACCCCGAAAAUGGAACUGAGACCCCAAAAAUGGGACUGGGGACCCCGAAAUCGGAACCGGGACCCCCGAAAACGGAACCGGGACCCCCAAAAAC